GGGAGGGCGGGGAGGAGCAUCGGGGCCGAGAGGGUUUCGCGAAACCGUGGGGCUGGCGGUCGGCUGGAGAGGUGGCCGGGGCUCACCGGCCCGAGGGAGCCCGGUCCCCAGAACAGCCCGAGGAGGCGGCCUAGGGGGUGGACGGGCAGACAGCAGGGAGGGCCAGCAUGCCCUCACUGCUGCACCCCGCCCUGCCGCUGCUCCUGGUCGCCACGCUGACCUUUCCGGCGCUCCGGCGCGCGCUCUGUCGCUUGCCCCUGCCCGCGCACGUGCGCGCCGACCCCCUGCGCACCUGGCGCUGGCACAACCUGCAGGUCUCUUUCGCUCACUCCCUUGUGUCGGGAAUCUGGGCGCUGCUGUGUGUAUGGCAGACCCCUGAGAUGCUGGUGGAGAUUGAGACGGCGUGGUCGCUCUCUGGCUAUUUGCUUGUUUGCUUCUCCGCAGGGUAUUUCAUCCACGACACAGUGGAUAUCCUCGUUAGUCGUCAGGCGCGAGCUUCUUGGGAAUACCUUGUCCAUCAUGCCAUGGCCAUGGGUGCCUUCUUCUCGGGCAUCUUUUGGAACAGCUUUGUUGGUGGGGGUGUCCUGACACUACUGGUGGAGGUCAGCAACAUAUUCCUCAACAUACGCAUGAUGAUGAAAAUCAGCAACACCCAGGAUCAUCCCCUCUACCGCAUUAAUAAGUAUGUCAACCUGGUCAUGUACUUUAUCUUCCGCCUGGCUCCUCAGGCCCACCUCACUUAUUUCUUCUUGCGCUACAUGGGCCAGAGGACCCUGGGCACCUUUUUGCUAGGUAUCCUGCUCAUGCUGAACGUGAUGAUCCUCGGCUACUUUUCCCGCCUCCUCCACUCUGACUUCUGCCCUGAGCGUGUCCCCAGCCAGCAACACAAAGACAAGUUUUUAACUGAGUAACAGGCAGAGCCUGGGACUUGUGGAGAAGACUGCAACAUGGCCAAGGAGAACAGAAACAGCCUCACAUGUGAACUGGGACUCUGCUCCAAUCCUCUGGGGCCAGCCUCUCCACCUUGAGACUACACCUACACUAUUGAAAACUAAUG